AUGACGAGGAAAACAGAAAUAGCUUAUGGCCAAGAUCUGAGUUAUGAAAAAGUAACGGACAAAUUGGCUGAAAGUCGAACGCCGAAAAUGAUAUCUCGUUUGGAAAAUGAGCUACAGGAGGCAAAAAAGAAGAUUUUAGACCUGGAAGCUAAAAACGAACAGAAUGACAACGAUGGAGAAAUGCUGAAACGAGAAAACGGGUUUGCUGGUAUCUGCGAAAAACGAGUGAAACAAGAUCAGAGGAAGGUUGAAAACAUACUUGCAUCAAAUCAACAGUCUGAAGUGGAAAACGACUUUAGAGAAUUUUUUGACAGCAGUAGAGAAGACGCCCGAGACAUAAUCCAGUCUUUGUAUGGAUCGGAAGAGGAGAUUGAUGUUCACGUGUACUAUCCGAGAAUAGCAUGCAUAAUAUUAGAGAUUGCUUACGAGCACGCCAAUGAUGUCAAAGAAGCCGUGAUUGACUUGUUCAAGGUAGUAACGAAAAAUAUGGUUCUCCAUGCUCCUCAAGAGGGCUACAAUUUCAGGCUCAAAAGGACGGAGGGAAGUUUUGACAUUUACCCGAUCUCCAUUGGUGAUCUCAACACUUCAGAGAAAUCAACAGAUGUCCUGGAUGCUUUUCUAAUUUCUUUGAAAGAAACAGCGCAUAUCUGUAACCUCCAGUGUCUAGAAAAAGAUGUUGCGGAAAGUUCCUUGAAAAAGUGGACAGAAUGGUUUGACAAGAAUGUAUCACUCGUGCACACACCUACUCAAGAAGUACUGGUUAAGCUGGAUAGUUACAUCAAGGCAUGCAUUCGUUUAACUUGGCGAAUGGUCACACAGCUCCCACCAUUGCGACUCGAAUACCAUUCCCCAAGGUUUGAUCGCCACAUUCACAAGAAAACGGCAUACCAGAACACGACUGAGAAAAACCCAGGGAAUGAAGAAAGCUUGGGUGAGGAGAUUUUGUGCUAUUUGUGGCCCGGCCUGCUUGAUGGAGGGGAUAGACUCAUUCUUCAAGGACAAGUUCUUUGCAAAAUGCAGAGAGGAAAACUGAAAUAGGAGCGAUCAUAAUUAACAGCUUGAAAGGGAAUUAAGUUCCAAUUUGUCUUAUAUUUGAUCAUUAACUUUUAAAUUGUCAAAAAAACUUAAAAGUUUAAGUUAUCCAGCCGUAAAUAAAAUUACUGAGGUAAUGCGCUGUUACAUGUCACUAGUUAACGAGAAUUAAUUGGCCUUUUCAUGGUUAACUUUUCUCAUUUGCAUUACAAUAUAAUCCAACAUGUAAUUGAGACAAUUUCGGGCAAAUCAGAAAGUAAUUGUGCAAAGGGCUAUUGUAAUAACUUUGUUGGAAAUUCAGUAAGAAAUUCCGUGCUUUGUUUUGUCGUUGUAUAUCAGAUAUU